CUGCAGCAGCAUCAAGUAGUGUUUGAAGACCAAACCGAGCGAGCUAAAAUGGGUGUACAGGUUCAAACGCUUUCCGCCGGAGACGAAGCAACUUACCCAAAGAAGGGCCAGGUUGCCGUCGUGCACUACACCGGCACGUUGGACAACGGAACCGUGUUCGAUUCGUCCCGCACCCGUGGCAAGCCAUUCCGGUUCACCGUUGGAAAGGGUGAGGUCAUCCGCGGCUGGGAUGAGGGCGUAGCUCAGAUGUCGGUCGGACAGCGUGCCAAGCUGGUGUGCUCACCGGACUACGCCUACGGAAGCCGUGGUCAUCCAGGAGUUAUUCCACCAAAUUCCACACUUACCUUUGAUGUUGAACUGUUGAGGGUUGAAUAAGCUGAGAAGGACGAGGAAGGGUCUUGUAUCAUCUAAAAUAGCAAAUAACAGCAAUGAAUACGAAACCGGCAACUUGAUAACUCACUCAACAAAGAGAACAAAACAACCACAACACAAACCACAACAUGAAAAUAAUGAAGCAAUCCUAGAAUCCGGGCCUGAUAAGGAAGCUCUAUGUAGUCCUUUAAAUGUAGUGAUGAGGGAAUCAACGAUCGAUAAUCAAACCGUAAGAAGGUCAUCGUUAUAAGUUACAUACUCUCUCUCUCUCCCAGGUUUUCACUCCGACAUUCAACAAAAGUAGGAACAGAACAAAUCAGCAAACGAUGCAUUUAAACUGUAGCCAAUCUACUUCCAAUUUUAUUGCGGCAUGUGCAGUCGACAGUUUCUCCUUCUCGGAAUUCCAACUUUCGAAAAACAUAUAAAUUGUGUAUUGUUCCAAGUUUUUUUUUUUUAGCAGAAAGUAUCAUCUCUCUUUGCUCACACUUUGAAAACGGAAGGAAAACUAGCAAAACCAAAACACUUUUACACGAGUUAGUAGUUAUUGUACAACACACUUACUUCUAUUGCUCCGGUAGCAGUUUCAAAACUCAUACUCUAUUUAAA